AUGGAGCUGGAAGACGGAGUUGUGUACCAGGACGACCCGGGAACAUCAGCGAUGAUGUCUGAGCGGGUAUCGGGCCUGGCUAACUCUAUUUACCGCGAGUUCGAGAGGCUCAUCGGAAAAUAUGACGAGGACGUGGUCAAGGAGCUCAUGCCGCUGGUGGUGGCCGUCCUGGAAAACCUCGACUCUGUGUUCGCCGAGAACCAGGAGCACGAAGUGGAGCUGGAGCUGGAGCUGCUCAAGGAGGACAACGAGCAGCACGAGCGCGAGAAAGCGCUCAGGAAACACGCGGAGGAGAUGGAAAAUGGACACCUAGGACAAGAAUCAGUCUACCCUAACACCUACACCUCGCCCAUGGCCUAUGGGGUUGCAGCGCCCCCUCCUGGAGUGUACCCGCCCAUGUAUGCAGUACUUCCACCUGUUGGAUACCAAGGAGGUCCAUCUACCACAGCCUCAGUGCCUCACGUGGUGGUAACACCUUCCUUGCAAGAUAGCCCUGGACAAACCAUAUGCCCCCACUGUCGGCAGACAGUGGUCACCCACGUAGAGUAUAAGCCAGGCCUGAUGGCGUGGGUCAUCUGCGGAACCCUCGCCUUCUUUGGGUGUUUUCUCUGCUGCUGGAUACCAUUCGUCGUGGACGCCUGCAAAGAUGUGGUGCAUCAUUGUCCAAACUGCCACACGCAAAUCUGCAUUCGUAAGCGAAUAUAAAGUGCUCCAAACUGGGAACUUGAUGCCGAUCACCAUUCAUUCCCAGCAGUGGGUGUAUUUGCAAAAGUAAACGUUGCAAAUGCUAAGGUGAAUAUUCGGGCUGGGAAAUGUGUAUUUAGAAUACAAUUGUAAGUGCUAUGAUUCUGUCCAAGAAUAAACGUGUGCAGUUAUAAACAGCAAA